AUGAGUGCUACCGUCACUAGUAUAGUCGCGUCAAAACGACAUGAAUCCCGAGUGUUGUUGUGGUGUAUUCGCGUACACGCUCCAAACUGCACAGUGGAGGCAGCAGUUGAAACAGAGCGUGCAACAAUUAUUCUUCUCCGUUGCUAUUGUGAGAAGAAGAUGUCAAGUGAUGCGCUGUUGAAUAACGUGGGAGGAUUGUAUGGCAACGAGGUGUCGUCUCGACGGAUACUAGGGAUAGACUCAGCUGUUACGUGUGUGAAUUCUACGGUGAAGCAACCUCGGAACGAUGAAAAAGUCCUCAAUGAAAACAAAGAACUUCCACAACUAUCACAAUCAUCAAGCGUAAUGGAGCUGAAUUUGAAACAAGAAAUAGGAUCAGCUACUUUAACGCAGGAAACUCGAGAAACAGCAACUCAAACCUUUGAAGAUUUGAAGAAAUCCUUGACUGUUCCACAUCUUGCCGAUUCCUGUCGAGAAGGGCGAAGCACACAAACCGAUUCCUACCCAAUAGUGGUGGGUCCUCCGCGCAGAAGAAAAAGUGACGUACCUGUCGGUAUGGACGAGAUAGAAGAACGCCAAGCGUUAUACCAGGUUAUCGAGGAAGCUCUGGAAGAGACGAUAGAUCGUUAUUCGCGAUUGCGUACUAAUCAAAUUAUAGCGAACAGUGCACGGAAACAAGGACAAAUUUGGCGCGAUGCGAAAGAAUUCAUCGCAAAUCAGUUGGUCCCACAUUCUAUUCAACUAGCGAACAAGAGCCGAUCCAGAAAGAAGACUGCAGUUGAGAUAGUUGCUAGUAUCAAAUGCUAUCCAUAA